AUGGCAGCCAACGUCCUGGAAGAAGACUCAAUGGAGCAGGACAUCGAGAGCCCUGUCACUAUCCACCAACCAAAGUUGCCCAAACAAGCGAGAGAGGAUCUGCCAAAAAACAUCAGCAAAGAAUGUGCCAAGAGAAAAAUCCAGAGGUACGUUCGGAAAGAUGGGAAAUGCAACGUCCACCACGGGAAUGUCAGAGAGACUUACCGGUACUUGACUGACAUCUUCACCACCCUGGUGGAUCUCAAGUGGAGGUUCAACCUGUUGAUCUUUGUCAUGGUUUACACGGUGACCUGGCUCUUCUUCGGCAUGAUCUGGUGGCUCAUUGCCUACAUGCGAGGGGACAUGGAUCACAUAGGGGACAGCACGUGGACCCCCUGCGUCAGCAACCUCAAUGGGUUUGUCUCAGCCUUUUUAUUCUCAAUCGAGACCGAAACCACCAUUGGGUACGGUUACCGGGUCAUCACGGACAAGUGUCCCGAGGGAAUUAUCCUGCUUUUAGUGCAGUCUGUCCUAGGUUCUAUCGUCAACGCCUUCAUGGUUGGCUGCAUGUUUGUGAAAAUAUCCCAACCCAAGAAGAGGGCAGAAACCUUGGUUUUUUCUACAAACGCAGUCAUUUCCAUGCGGGAUGGAAAGCUGUGUCUGAUGUUCCGAGUAGGAGACCUUAGGAAUUCACACAUUGUAGAGGCAUCAAUACGAGCCAAGUUGAUCAAAUCCAAACAGACAAAGGAGGGGGAAUUUAUACCACUCAACCAGACAGAUAUCAACGUAGGUUAUUACACAGGGGAUGAUCGUCUCUUUUUGGUUUCACCACUGAUCAUCAGCCAUGAGAUUAACCAGCAGAGUCCUUUCUGGGAGAUAUCCAAAGCCCAGUUGCCCAAAGAGGAGCUAGAAAUUGUUGUAAUCCUAGAAGGAAUGGUGGAGGCAACAGGGAUGACCUGCCAGGCUCGCAGCUCCUACAUCACGAGCGAGAUCCUCUGGGGCUACCGCUUCACCCCCGUCCUCACGCUGGAGGACGGCUUUUAUGAGGUUGACUACAACAGUUUUCAUGAAACCUACGAGACCAACACCCCCGUUUACAGUGCCAAAGAGCUGGCAGAGAUGGCCAGCCGAGCAGAACUGCCCCUGACCUGGUCUGUUUCCAGCAAGCUGGACCAACACGCCGAGCUGGAAACGGAGGAGGAGGAGAAGAACCAAGAAGACCAAAACGAAAGAAACGGAGACGUGGCCAACUUGGAGAAUGAGUCCAAAGUGUAG